ACUUCCAACUUGUCAGACGUUCGCUCUUCCUCUGCCUGAUAUCAACUCCCUUGGGCAAAAAGUAACACGCAGCAUCAAUGUCAGAAUAAACAACACAUUUUGCAACGCCAAAUAAUUGUCCACCAUUUCCCUUUUCAAAAUUUUAACCCUACCACUCCUCCUUCUCCAUUCUUCAAUGAGGUUCGGAUUUUCAUCUAGUAGUGCUCCCGCCGCUUCAUCGCCGGUUACCGAUGACACAGCUCUCGAAACCUCCGGUACAGCCUCAUCGUUGCCGUUUAGAGUGAAUUUCCUUUCAACUCUAUCUACUUCUGAUUCUGUUAAUAUCGCUCUGCCGCCAAAAACUCCCACAUUCUUCACUUUUCCUCCAGAGUCUUCAUCAACAGUCGGUUCACGUAGUGUUUCCGCCUCUUCGUCUCCGGUUCUCGGAGAUUCAGUUCUCGGAUCAUCGGCUACGUCUCCUUCGUGGUUGUUCGGAGCGAGUGGCCUUUCAACUGCAUCAUCUACUGAUAACGCUACUAGUGCUCUGCCUCCUACUAAAACUUCCGCAGUUUUCACUUUUCCUUCAGUGCCUUCAUUGCCAGUAACUUCGGUUUCUGAAAAACCUUGCGAUUCUACUACUACUCAUACUUUGUAUUCUGGAUUUUCGUCUGGUGCUUUCGCCUCUUCGUCGUUCGUUUCCGGCGAUACAGCUCCUCCGUGGUUGGAUGGAGGGAGUUUAGUUUCAACUGCAGCUUCUACUGAUACCGCUACUAUGCCUUGGUUUACGAAUGCGAUUUCAUCAGGCACAACAAGCGCCAAAACAACUUCUCUAAGUGGUUCCCAUAUUCCUCCUUCGGAUUCACUAUUAUCAGUUACUUUAUUUUCUUCGGUUUCAGCAAUUCCUACUACAGUAACAGCUGCCGCUGCAACGUCUUCUCUCUUUGGAAAAGCAUCUGUAUCAACUUCUUCUUCACAAUCACAACCACAAUCAACCGUCUCGGCACCCGAGUUUGUAACUUUCCCUGCUUGUUGUUCCCUCGAGCAGGACGAGGUUGCUGCAAUUUUGGCAAGCAAAUGUGAGAAGCUUCUGUCCUGCCGAGCUGCUGGGCAAACUCACGGCAGAGGGCAAAAUGAAAGGCACGAUUCAGUCGCUCACUCUUUGGCCUGUGUAGCCACGGGAUUUGAAAAUACAAGCUCAAGCAAGCCCGUUGGUGAUUCUGCUCAUAGACCUGCUGCUACUGCUGAACCAAAAUUUGGGGAGUCCACGCUGUGCAGUGUUGCCAAGAGCGGUGCCCCUUCAACCUCCACUUUGUCAGUCCUGUUUGACUCAAUGUCAGGCAGCUCGUUGCUCCGCAACUCACAGCCUGCUGAGGAGCAACCUUACUUUCCGCCUGUUGAUCUUCUGCACGCAACAAUUGAUAUGUGGAAACGAGUUGUUGCAGAUAUGAAGACGGAUCAAGAGGUCAUUGAAGAGGGGCUACGACACUUCUAUGAGGGCAUCAACUAUUUUUGUCUUCUGUCAGAACGCCUUCAAGUAACCACUGACAAGUAUAACGAGGCGGCAAAAGCAAGGGAUGACACGGAAAAGAUGAACUCUUCUUUGAAAGACAAGCUGGCAGAAGCUAGUCGGAAGCUCGAGGACUCUAAGAAGGAGAAGAAGAGGCUUGAGAAUGAGUUGGCUGGGGCUGAACACAAGAUAACUGCUCUAACUGGUGAGAAGGAGUCCAUUUUGCGAGUCCAGACGAUCCUUCACCAGACUAUUUCCGAGCUGAGAAGGGAAUUGGAGGGGGCUGGUCCUUCUGCUAUCCAGAAAUACAAGGCUUCCUCGUUGUACAGACAGGAACUCAUGGAGUAUGCAGCUCCGUACAUGGGAAAAGGGGUGAAGCUGGCCACAGAGAAGAUUAAAGCUAAAUAUCCCACAUUUGACCCCGCGACCUACGGCCUUGAGAUGUACAUUCUUCCUCCUGAAGCUGAUGACCAAGAAUUCUCAUUAGAGGAGGAAAGUGGAGGUGAGUGCCAAUUGCGAGCAGAAUUAGUUGAAGCCAAGUGCUGCAGCUUGAGAUUUUGCUGAAGGAGAAAGUUUAUGAAAUUUUGGCCAUAGAUGUGUUGUUGGGAAAAGAUCCCCGGAGCUUAGCAUGAAGCUCUUUUGAUUUUGCCUAUGCAACUUUUCUGCCUACUCUAUCUCUGAACUCUAGCGCUUUGCUGAUCUAUGGAAGUUUUUGGCAACGUUAAUAGAUUCUUAUGAAUGUGCUAACAUCAGAUUUUUGCAGUA